AUGAACAUCGCCCUCAAGGACGCAAUGCCAGAGGCUCUCCUCAUCCAGGGCGCUCCCAAAAACCCAUCGUCGACAAUGGAGAUGCUCCCGUUGAAGUCACCAGCAAGCACAUCGAAGCAAAGCACUUUAUCGCAUAAGCUCAGUUCCCUUCCAAAUGAUGAAGUCCCAACAGCAACAGAAGCAGAACCCCCUCAAGGUUCCCCAUCACGCAAUGUUUCCAUAGCAAAGAGCAUCACCGUAAUCGUCACCCUCGCCGGCAUAAACUUCCUUAACACAAUGGGCUCCGGCAUCCUCAUCGCCGCCCUCCCGCGCAUAGCCCAAGACGUCGGCCUCGACGAGAGCCUCAUCCUCUGGCCCGCCGCCGUCUACAACCUCGCCGCCGGCUGCCUCCUCCUCAUCUUUGGCGCCGUCGCCGACGUCGUGGGCGCCAAGCUCAUGUGGCUGACGGGCAGCUACCUCUGCGUCGUCUUCACCGUCGCCGUCGGUCUGUCCCAGACGGGAAUCCAAAUUAUUCUCUUCCGCACCGCCGUCGGCGUCUCUAUUUCGGCGUGCUUGCCCACGGCCAUGGCCUUCAUCACAAAGACUUUUCCCAAGGGCGGGUGGCGGAACGUUGCGUUUUCGAUGAAUGGGAUUGGGUUCCCGCUGGGGUACGCCCUCGGCCUGGUCCUGGGUGGCAUCUUCACCGAUACCAUCGGCUGGCGUUGGGCGUACUACAUGAUGGCCAUUAUCAACUUUGCUCUGUCAACCGCGGCGGUCUGGUCUCUGCCUUCGAUUCACCAGCCGUCUGAGAAGAAGUGGACGCGUCGCUUGGCGGAGGAUAUCGAUUGGAUAGGAGCCGUCAUCAUGAGCGUUGCGCUGGGUUUGCUGCUCUAUGUGCUGGCGAUGACUACUUCUUCGUACACAAAGAUUGCUGAUCCUACUAAUAUUGCCCUCUUGGCCGUGGCAGUAGCUUUGCUGGUCGUGUUCCCCGUCUGGAUGAACUUUCAGACUAAAAGGGGUAGUCCGGCGCUGAUUCCCAACCGUCUGUGGCGAAACGCUGCCUUUACGUCGAUUUGUGUGUCAAUCUUUCUAUGCUGGGCUUCUCUCAAUGCGAUUCAAUACUUCAUCAUGCUAUAUUUCCAAAAAGUCCAGGGCAUCUCCGCGCUGCAAAGCUCUCUGCGAUUUCUGCCUCACGUCGUCAUGGGCACUCUCGUCAACAUCGCAGCAGCAUGGCUCGUCUCACGGAUAAAGGUCCAGACUCUGGGCGCCGUAUCUGCAGUCAUAACAGCCGCGGCGCCGAUCCUCAUGGCCACAGUCAGCCUCGAUGGAAAUUACUGGUUUGCGCCGUUCUGGGCCAUGGUGCUUUCGCCAGUGAAUGCUGACGCCCUCUUCACCGUCUCGAACCUAAUCAUCUCCGACGCCUUCCCUGCAGACGUGCAAUCCCUCGCCGGCGGCGUUUUCAGCGAGAUCGGGCAGAUCGGCAACGCGGUGGGCCUCGCCGUGACUGCAGCCAUCGCGGCCUCCGUAACGGAACACUCGGCUGUCGUUCACGACGAUGCCCGGGAGGCGCGCAUGGAAGGUUACCGCGCGGCAUUCUGGACUAUCUUCGCCGCCACGGUUGCGGUGCUCAUCAUUGUGGUCGGAGGGCUUCGAAAGGGUGGCACGGUCGGGAAGAAGGAUGACUAG